AUGUAUGUGGAAGUUCACUUUGUCACGGAGGAAAGUGGGUCAGGGCCUCCGAAGGCCGUUUCCCCUCGUAUUCGGACAUUUACGGUACGCAUAGCCGCGGGCGCCGCGGGAUUCGGGGGCGUGGACCCCGCCCCGGUCUGCGCGUGCGCGGACGCCGGAAUAAGAGCGAGGCCCGGACGGCGCGUGGCCGGCUCCGGCCCAGGCUCGUGCCCGCCUACCAGCUUCCAGUGCCGCACCAGUGGCUUCUGCGUGCCCCUCCUCUGGCGCUGCGACAGUGACCGGGACUGCAGGGAUGGCAGCGAUGAGGAGGAAUGCAGGAUCGAGCCGUGUGCCCAGAAUGGGCAGUGCCCACCACCCCCUGGCCUCGCCUGCUCCUGUGAUGGCGACUGUCCUGGGGGCACAGACCAGAGCCCUCGCAACUGCAGUCGCCCGCCCUGCCCAGACGGGGAGCUGCGCUGCGUGCUGAGCAAUGAUUGCGUCCCCCACACGUGGCGCUGCGACGGCCACCCCGACUGUCCCGACUCCAGUGACGAGCUGGGCUGCGAAACCAAUGAGACCCUCCAGGAAGGGAAUACCACAACCAUAGGGACCUCUGUGGCCCCAGAGAGUGUCACCUCUCCCAGGAAUGCCUCCAACACCUCUGUUGCAGAUCAGUCCGGAAUCCCAAGUGCCUAUGGGGUUAUUGCAGCUGCCGCACUGCUGAGCACAAGCCUGGUCGCCAUCACCCUCUUCGGGAUGUCCCAGCUCCGAGCCCAGGGGCACCUGCCCCGGCUGGGGCUGCUGGUGGCCCUAAAGGAGUCCCUGCUGCUGUCCGAACGGAAGACCUCACUGGUCUGAGGACAAGCACUGGCCACUACAUCACCCAGCCCUGGGUGCAGCCGGCGGAGACAUAGAGCAGCUGGCAGACGUGCACACAGCUGCUGGCACCCCAGCCCUCGGAGCCCUGGGCUCUGCUGGCCACGCAGAACUUUGACCCAACCCGAGCUCUGGCAGGCGUGGCCCUGGAGGCUGGGGUCCCUAAACAGUCCCCGUGGACUUGGGGAGCUUGGAUAGGAAACAUGCCGCAGCCUGAAAUGAGGGAAGCUGGCCCCAGGCCUGGGGGUGGGACAGCCCCAAGCUCAGACACUCCUGCUGCCUCCGUGUGAGGGUGGCGAUUAAAGUUAUUUCACAGCCUC